GUAUAGAAAGGGGAACAGAAAGGGCAAAGGAGCUGUGUUUCUCCGCCAUCGCGAAAUCCUUAGCGUCGUCAAAAGCAGCACCAGCAAGCAAUGAGUUCCGCUGAUACUGUCAAUGGGAAUUCUGCCGAGUCUGUCAAAGAACCUGUUCCAGGGUCAAGCCUGGAAGCAAAAAAGGAAGAUACUGAAAUAAAAGCUCAAGUUGAUGCCAUGUGGGAACAAAUGAAUAAAGGAGUAUCUAAUAAGAUUAUCAGAAGGUUUACAAGCAAGCCUAAUUCCACUGCAAAAAAAACUGCAAAGAAGACAUCUUCCAACUGGAUGUCUUAUUUGGGGUUGGCACCAAAGGCAACUGAAUCCCUCGGGCAAGGUGCUUCCCAGAAUGGACCUGGUGUGCUGCAGAACGGUACAAGUGAUGAACUGCAGAACGGUACAAGUGAUGAAGCCAGGAAGCUUGCUGCUGCUGCUCUUGCAGCAGCAAAAGAUGAUGCUGCCACUUCUACCUCAGGCAGGGGGAAACUUGUGAUUACUGAGGUUAGGGACUUUGCCGGUCAAGAAAUUGAAUUUAAAAAGCUUGUGGAUUGUGACUCAAAGGAGGCAAUGGAAAGAGCCAAAGCUCCUACACCUUCUGCUGUGGAUGCUGUCCUUGAGCAAAUCAAGAAGAAACCGAAGCUCAGUGUACUCGAUAAGACAAAAAAAGACUGGGGAGAAUUUAAGGAAGAAAAUAGGGGACUGGAAAAUGAGCUUGAUGCUUAUAAGAAGAGUUCAAACCAGUAUUUGGAUAAGGUUUCCUUCUUGCAGCGAACAGAUUACCGUGAAUUUGAGCGAGAGAGAGAUGCACGACUGGCAUUGCAAUCCAGGAAGCGACCAGAUAUGCAAGAGGACCCGGUCAUAUGACUGAUGGAAGUCGAAGACUGGAGUUACAUCAUACCUCCGGAGAAUUAUGUAUGGUUUUGUCGUGAGUUGAUUGCGCAGGUGCUGGAGUUCCUGGGAAGGACUUGACCUCUUAAGAGAUAAAAGACCUUUAAUCACAUUAGUGGGGUAUGAUGCAUUUUCUGAGGUUUAAGAUUUGGAAUGCAUUUAAAUGACGAGGUUUUUGAUGUGGAAGGGCAAAAUAGAAGGCUCGGAGAAACAGGUGUAAAUUAUUGGAAAAUGGAUCCUCUCAUCUCAGAUCUCGUGCAUCUCACUUUGUAUUCUAAUGCCUGCUUUCCCUGAUCUUUCAUCACUGUUUAUUUAUUCAUGGAUGACUGAAAUGAAACAAAAUCACAUAACCUGAUGUCAGAUGAAAUAAAUUAAACUGACAUUUGCCAAAUUUUAGACUGAAAUUAGUACAUUGCAGAGAGCCUCA